CAGUCUAUAAAACCAAUCGACCAGCAAAUUCCGCCAUUAUUCAAACGAGAGAAGUUGAAGCAUAAACAGCUCCAGACGACAAUUUUGUGAUUUUUCCAAAAAAAAAAAGUGAUAUUUUGUGCAGCCCCAAUAAUAAACAAAUCAGGAUGCAGAUUUUUGUGAAGACCUUGACAGGCAAAACCAUCACCUUGGAGGUUGAACCCUCUGACACCAUCGAGAAUGUCAAAGCCAAGAUCCAGGACAAGGAGGGUAUCCCCCCAGACCAGCAACGUCUGAUCUUUGCUGGUAAACAACUAGAAGAUGGUCGCACCCUUUCUGACUACAACAUCCAGAAAGAGUCUACCCUUCAUUUGGUGUUGAGAUUGAGAGGAGGCAUGCAAAUCUUUGUCAAGACUUUAACUGGCAAGACCAUCACCUUGGAAGUUGAGCCAUCUGACACCAUUGAAAAUGUCAAGGCUAAAAUCCAGGACAAGGAAGGUAUCCCCCCAGACCAGCAAAGAUUGAUCUUUGCUGGAAAGCAAUUAGAAGAUGGUAGAACUUUGUCAGACUACAACAUCCAGAAAGAGUCCACCCUUCACUUGGUGUUGAGAUUGAGAGGAGGCAUGCAAAUCUUUGUCAAAACUUUAACUGGCAAGACCAUUACCUUAGAAGUUGAGCCUUCUGAUACCAUUGAAAACGUUAAAGCCAAGAUCCAAGACAAGGAAGGCAUCCCACCAGACCAGCAAAGGUUGAUUUUUGCUGGAAAGCAAUUAGAAGAUGGCAGGACUUUGUCAGACUACAACAUUCAGAAAGAGUCCACCCUUCAUUUGGUGUUGAGAUUGAGAGGUGGUAUGCAAAUUUUUGUCAAAACCUUGACUGGCAAGACUAUCACAUUGGAAGUUGAACCAUCUGACACCAUUGAAAAUGUCAAGGCUAAAAUCCAAGACAAGGAAGGUAUUCCUCCAGACCAGCAAAGGUUGAUCUUUGCUGGAAAGCAAUUAGAGGAUGGACGCACUUUGUCUGACUACAACAUCCAAAAGGAAUCCACCCUUCACUUGGUACUGAGGUUGAGAGGUGGUAUGCAAAUUUUUGUCAAGACCUUGACUGGUAAAACCAUCACACUUGAAGUUGAACCAUCUGAUACCAUUGAAAACGUCAAAGCUAAAAUCCAAGACAAAGAAGGUAUUCCUCCAGACCAACAACGUCUUAUCUUUGCUGGCAAGCAACUUGAAGAUGGAAGAACUCUUUCUGAUUAUAACAUCCAGAAAGAAUCCACCCUUCACUUGGUUCUGAGAUUGAGAGGUGGUAUGCAAAUUUUUGUCAAAACUUUGACUGGCAAGACCAUCACCCUUGAAGUAGAACCAUCUGACACCAUUGAGAAUGUCAAAGCUAAAAUCCAAGACAAGGAAGGAAUCCCUCCAGAUCAACAAAGAUUGAUCUUUGCUGGCAAACAAUUGGAAGAUGGCAGAACUUUGUCUGACUACAACAUCCAAAAGGAAUCCACUCUCCACUUGGUACUAAGAUUGAGAGGUGGUAUGCAAAUCUUUGUGAAAACCUUGACUGGAAAAACCAUCACCCUUGAAGUUGAACCAUCUGAUACCAUUGAAAAUGUAAAAGCCAAAAUUCAAGACAAGGAAGGUAUCCCUCCAGACCAGCAGAGGUUGAUCUUUGCUGGAAAACAACUUGAAGAUGGCAGAACUUUGUCAGACUACAACAUCCAAAAAGAAUCCACCCUUCACUUGGUACUGAGGUUGAGAGGUGGUAUGCAGAUUUUUGUCAAAACCUUGACUGGAAAAACCAUCACCCUUGAAGUGGAACCUUCAGACACCAUUGAAAAUGUUAAAGCUAAAAUCCAAGACAAGGAAGGCAUCCCACCAGACCAACAGCGUCUUAUUUUUGCUGGCAAACAGCUUGAAGAUGGCAGAACCUUAUCUGAUUACAACAUUCAAAAGGAAUCCACUCUGCAUUUGGUACUCAGACUGAGAGGUGGUAUGCAAAUCUUUGUAAAAACCUUGACUGGUAAGACCAUCACCCUUGAAGUAGAGCCAUCCGAUACCAUUGAAAACGUCAAAGCUAAAAUCCAGGACAAAGAAGGUAUCCCACCAGACCAGCAACGUCUUAUUUUUGCUGGCAAACAACUUGAAGAUGGCCGCACCCUCUCAGAUUACAACAUCCAAAAAGAAUCCACCCUUCACUUGGUAUUAAGAUUGAGAGGUGGCAUGCAAAUUUUUGUCAAAACUUUAACUGGAAAGACUAUCACCCUUGAAGUUGAACCUUCUGACACCAUUGAGAAUGUCAAGGCCAAAAUCCAAGAUAAAGAAGGUAUCCCACCAGACCAACAACGUCUUAUCUUUGCUGGCAAACAACUUGAAGAUGGCCGCACCCUCUCAGAUUACAACAUCCAAAAAGAAUCCACCCUCCAUUUGGUAUUAAGACUGAGAGGUGGUAUGCAAAUUUUCGUGAAAACCUUAACUGGUAAGACCAUCACUCUUGAAGUCGAACCAUCUGAUACCAUUGAGAAUGUCAAGGCCAAAAUCCAAGACAAAGAAGGAAUCCCACCAGAUCAACAAAGGUUGAUUUUUGCUGGCAAACAACUAGAAGAUGGAAGAACUUUGUCAGACUACAACAUUCAAAAAGAAUCUACUCUCCACUUGGUACUCAGACUUCGUGGUGGAAACUAGGCUUAGCAAAUUUGUAUUUUCAUUUAAAAGGCUGAAUUUUCUUAUUGUUGAUGAUUAAUAAAUGAUUUCCUAACUGAUA